AAUACUUGACAACGCCGCGCCCAGAAUCCCCACACGUCCCGACUCUCGUUUAAAAGAGGGAAAUUUAAACACGAUACGAUUUGACUUCUGCUCCUCCACGCCCACCCUGCAAUCGCUCGCAUCCUCUCCAAGCCAACGUCGAAUCUUUCACCUUCCCAAUCCUUUCUUGCCUUCUUAUUUCCCUGAUUCGCACGCGUUCGCAAUCCAACCCUCGCAUCGCUGUCAUUCCCCUCCUCCGCCCGCCCGCCCUUCUAUUUAAUAAGUCGCCGCGGCGGUGCUGCAGGGGGACCGGGAAGGAUGGCGCUACGCGGAGACUGCGUGAUGCGCCUGGGCGUCCGCGUGAUGCUGGCGGCGGUCGUGGCCGCCGGGCUGGUCGGUUUCUGCCGAGGCGGAGUCACGAGUUCCUUCGUUAGGAAGCCGGAGAAGACCGUCGACAUGCCAAUCGACAGCGAUGUCUUCGCCGUCCCGCCAGGAUACAACGCGCCUCAGCAGGUGCAUAUCACUCAGGGGGAUCAUGUGGGCACAUCCAUGAUCAUCUCAUGGGUGACUGAGAACGAACCUGGUUCUAGUGAGGUUCUGUAUGGGACUCACAAGGACAAGCUUGACAUCUCUGCUAAAGGAAAAUAUACUCGCUAUACCUUCUUCAACUACACCUCAGGGUACAUCCAUCAUUGCACUCUCCGCCGAUUGAAGUACGAUACUAAGUACUACUACGCGGUUGGGAUCGACCACACGGUUCGAACAUUUUGGUUCACCACCCCACCGAAAGUUGGUCUAGAUGUUCCUUACACUUUUGGGCUCAUAGGCGAUCUUGGACAAAGCUACGACUCAAACAUUACCUUGACACAUUACGAAUCCAAUCCACAAGCACAGACUGUGUUAUAUGUAGGUGACCUUUCGUACGCCGAUAACUACCCGAACCAUGACAAUGUGAGAUGGGAUACAUGGGGCAGGUUCGUCGAGAGAAGCACCGCGUAUCAGCCCUGGAUUUGGACAGCAGGAAACCACGAGAUCGACUUCGUUCCUGAAAUUGGUGAAACUGAACCAUUUAAACCAUUCAGACACAGAUAUCAUGUUCCUUACAAAGCUUCGGGCAGCACUGCACCAUUUUGGUACUCGAUUAAACGGGGAUCGGCAUACAUAAUUGUUUUGGCAUCAUAUUCUGCAUACGGAAAAUACACCCCUCAGUACAGGUGGCUUGAAGAAGAGCUACCAAAGGUAAAUAGAAGUGAGACACCAUGGUUGAUUGUUCUCCUGCACUCGCCGUGGUACAACAGCUACAACUAUCACUAUAUGGAAGGCGAAACGAUGAGAGUGAUGUUCGAGCCAUGGUUUGUACAACACAAAGUCGAUGUUGUUUUUGCCGGCCAUGUUCAUGCCUAUGAACGUAGUAAUAGGAUAUCAAAUGUAGCUUACAAUAUAGUGAAUGGCAAAUGUGAACCAGUGGCGGAUGAAUCAGCUCCCGUGUACAUCACCAUCGGCGAUGGAGGAAAUAUCGAAGGUCUUGCGACCAACAUGACAGAGCCACAACCAAGCUACUCAUCUUUCCGAGAAGCAAGCUUCGGCCAUGCCAUCUUCGAUAUCAAGAACCGAACCCAUGCCUACUACGCCUGGCAUAGGAACCAAGAUGGUUAUUCAAAGGUUGCUGAUUCUAUGUGGUUCUACAACAGAUGCUGGAAAUCUUCAGAGGAGAAUCAAUGUUGAUGUUCGACAUUCAUCAUAACUCUAUGGAAUAAGAAAUGCUUGCCUAAAUAACAGGCAGGGCAGUUUCAUAAGUUGACAUUUAGUCUUUCUUUUCUAUUUUUACUUUUAUCUGCUGAUCUCGCAAAAUGGUAAUAUUGUGCCUGAAACAAA